CUUUUUCAUUGGCCCAAAUUUAUUAUGAACUUCCUCUCUCUCUCUCUCUCUCUCUCCCUCCUCCGACAGAACUUCCGGCCAACUGAGGCCAACUCACGCCACGCAGAAUGGCCGUUGUCCCCUCUAUUCCCCUGUUCUUCGCAACUGCAGCUCUUCCUGCUCCAGCCAAAAGAACCGCCUUUGAGGCCCGACGGUGUACACCGCUCAGCCGACUUCCCGUCUUGUCAUUUCCUUCUCACCCCUCCGACUCUAGGCGCGUCUCCGACACCUACACCUCCGCGAGAACUUCUCUCAGGGCCGCAGCAGCUGCCCAGAAAUAUGUCUACCCCGACCCAAUCCCCGAAUUUGCUGAAACAGAAACCGAGAAGUUCAAGACUGAGCUCUGGAGGAAGCUCUAUGGAGAGAUUGAGACAUUUGGGGACGAUCUCGAUGCAGUCGUAGAUAUAUGCUCCCAGAUAUUUAGUGAGUUCUUGCAUGACGAAUAUGGAGGACUCGGGACUUUACAGGUGGAGCCUUUCACGGAUAUGAUGGUUGCUCUCAAGGAUGAGAAUCUACCUGGAGCAGCUUUUGCCGCGCGAGCGGCGCUCUUGUGGGCUCAAAACUACGUGGAUCGAGACUGGGAAUCUUGGAACGCUGCAAGAACGGCGAAAUAGCUAGUAAUUCGUGUUGAUAUUUAAUCUGGUAUCUUUUAUCAUUAAAUGAGUUCCUCAUCCAUUUAUCUGUUGUAAACAACUGUACAGAGGUCUUAUAUCACCUAAAAGAUUAGAAAUAGAGGGACUUCAUAUAACAACAUUCUCUUAUUUCUAUCUUCUUUCUCCGCUAAA